CGUCUGCUCUCUCAGCUAUAGUAAUGAUUUCUCGUUUGAUUCGUUAUCUAUUGGAGAGAGCGAGGCAGUCAGUAGUAGAGUGUAGGCAGUGCUACUGCGAGCUGCGAUACUCAGGGGCUGUCGCAAGAAUUGAAAUCCUCGGACUUAUGCUCGCCUAACAAAAAUGUUCUCCAGCUGGUGUCGCAACGCGAGCGCAUUACGCAACAACACAAGAAAUGCCUGCAGCUUCUUCACUGACAUUGUGCGCAUCGUCGAGGUCGGGCCCCGUGACGGUCUCCAGAACAUCAGGAAGGUUCUGCCCACCGAGACGAAAAUUGAACUGAUCAACCGACUGUCCCAAACCGGUCUACGUUCAGUCGAAGUCACCAGCUUUGUAUCGCCGAAAUGGGUACCACAGAUGGCUGAUAGUGCCGAGGUGUAUCAGGGCGUUGAGAAGAAUCCGAAUGUGGAGUACUCGGUUCUCGUCCCGAAUCUCAAAGGUUUGGACAAGGCCCUUAAGUUGGGUGUCAAGGAAGUCGUACUCUUUACAGCCGCCAGCGAGACCUUCAACCAGAAGAACAUCAAUUGCUCGAUCGCGGAGAGUCUGAAGAACUGCAAGGAAAUCACCAAGAUUUGCAAGGAGAAGAAGAUCAAAGCGCGAGCGGUGAUAUCUUGCAUCGCUGGCUGUCCCUAUGAGGGAGAGAUAAAGCCGGUGAACGUGGCGAACGUGGCCGAAGCGCUACUGGACAUGGGCUGCUACGAGGUCGGUCUGGGGGACACCAUCGGUGUGGCGACUCCCAAAAAGAUGGCUCAUCUCUUUGAAGAGUUAAAGAAGAUGACAGGAGGCGACGUCUGGAGGUUCGCCGUCCACUGUCACGACACCUACGGACAAGCAAUCGCCAACAUCUACGAGUGCCUCAGACAGGGCAUUCGAGUGUUUGACUCGUCAGUGGCUGGCCUUGGAGGCUGUCCCUAUGCCCCAGGAGCGUCUGGCAACGUCUCGACCGAAGAUCUGGUUUAUCUGCUGCACGGAGAGGGUUUUGAGACCGGAGUCGAUCUGGAUAAGCUGAUUCAAGUGGGACAGUUCAUCAGCGAGCAGAUUCCCAGCACGAAUCAUUCCAAAGCCGGCAGCGCCGUUCUUGCCAAGCUCAACCGUCAGUGUAAUUGAAUGUGCUGAUUGAUCGAUAUUUUUUCUCUCUAUCAUCGCUCAAUUUUAUCCAAUUUUAUUUCAACGUAUUAGUCCUUUUUUUACAACCCUACGGGUAUACUGUUGCGACGUCUUUAAUUGUUUUUCAACCUGAUGAAUGUAAAACGUGUAUGUAUUGUAUAUCGCGCAUGCAUUUACCUGGCGAGGUAGAUGCAAAAAAGUUGUAAAAUACAUUAUUUUUAUACGAUCUUAUAGCUGUUACCAUUUUACCCACUAUGUACAGAUAAACUUAGUCAGUCAUGAAUUUUA